UGUAACAUCUGCGGAAAACUGAUUGUGCGGGAUUUCAGUCGCCACAUUCGUAUACAUGACGAAACAGGAAGGUUCCAAUGUAUAUUCCCAUCCGGAUAUUGCAAGCACAAGUCGAGAAAAUUCAAUCGGCCUUACGACUACAAAAAGCAUUUGCUAAACAUCCAUUUUACAUUUGAUGAUCCAGCAGCGAAAGCGGCACCAAACUUGACAGAGAAACUCCAUUUUCGUGGACAAUGCAAUGCUUGUGGAGAGCGAUUUAUGGCCAAUGAGUGGUUAGAGACGCAUAUUCUCACGACAGACUUAGCGAUGAAAUGC